CUCCCGCUCAGCAGAGACAGCAGGCAGAGAGGAAACCAAGAUGCCAAGCUAUGACCGUUCCUGUGGAUGUAGCCGGGGCCCUAAUGUGGAAGACGGCAAGUGGUAUGGGGUCCGCUCCUACUUGCACCUCUUCUAUGAGGACUGUGCAGGUACCGCCCUCAGCGAUGACCCUGAGGGGCCUCCUGUUCUGUGUCCCCGUCGGCCGUGGCCUUCACUGUGCUGGAAGAUCAGCCUGUCCUCGGGGACUCUGCUUCUGCUGCUGGGUGUGGCAGCCCUGACCACUGGCUAUGCGGUGCCCCCCAAGCUGGAGGGCAUUGGAGAGGGCGAGUUCCUGGUGUUGGAUCAGCGGGCAGCUGACUACAACCAGGCUCUGGGCACGUGCCGCCUGGCAGGCACCGCGCUCUGUGUGGCAGCCGGGGUCCUGCUGGCCAUCUGCCUGUUCUGGGCCAUGACCGGCUGGCUGAGCCAGGACAGCAAGGCAGAACCCUUGGACACGGAAGCUGACAGCCACGUGGAGGUCUUCGGGGAUGAGUCAGAGCAGCAGCUGUCUCCCAUCUUCCGUGAUGUCAGCAGCCAGGCUUGGUUCUCGCCGCCUGCCAGCCCCUUUGGGAAAUCCUCCGUGCAAACCAUCCAGCCCAAGUGGGACUCUUGAGCUGCUCACACGGCCAGAGGAAGCACCAGGCCCAGAGUCUGGACCCUUCCUUCUCCUACCACACCCCACCCUCCCAUUGUCUCUUUAACUUUUCCCUGUCAGUGGGGACCCUCAUUUCUAAGCUGCCAGAGGCUCAACUCCAGGUCACAAAGUCUGGAGCUCACAUCCCCAUGCCCAUUCCCAGGGGGGAGGGCCCCAACUCCUCCAAGAUGCCAAUCUUCUCCAAGUCCACUCAAAACUUCCCAGCCACCCCUGCCUUCCCCAGGCCCUUCAGGGGCAGGAACAUCUCCCUCAAUCUGUCUGUACUCUUUUCUCUCUGUGACCAAACCCCUACCCUUUCAAACCACCAGCUUCUGCCUCUGUAUUAUAAGGGGUUUGGACCAGAUUCUCAAGUUCCAUGACUUUCCUAUUCUCCCCUGAUGUACGUGUUACCUUCUAUAGGCAAAAAUGGGUGUGGGGUGGAGCAGCAGGGGCAUUCUUAUCCACCCCGGCCAGCUGCACCAGGAUGCCUCAGGAUGGGUCAAAUGUGCCCAUUGGGCUUCCUGUCCAGGAUGGCACAAAAAUAUUUAGCCGCUGGAGUAUGUUUUCUUCAUGCAUUUUGGCAUCAGAGCCUCUGUCCACUCCACCCUGGGCUAUUACUGGCCCCAGUGUACAGAUGAGGUGGCUGAGCAAGGCUGGCCAUCUGCAGGAACACCGACUCACAUCUGUUGACUCCUCCUGAGCCAGCAGUUUAAAAAAAUAUAUUUUUAAAUAUUUAUUAAUUUUAGAGAGAGAGAGAAACAGUGAUCUGCUGUUCCACUUAUUUAUGCAUCAUUGGUUGAUUCUUAUAUGUGCCCUGACCAGGGAUGGAGCCCAUAACCUUGGCAUAUUGGGACGAGGAUCUAACCUAUUGAGCUACCGACUGAGGGCUGGGCCAGCUCUUAUUCUACAGCUGUAGCAGGGUCCUGCACUUCCGGGCUUUCGUGGGACCCGCAGGGGCUAGGGACAGGCUGCUUGGCCCAGAGAGACUAGCUGGAAGCCUGAUGAUCCCAAGUGGCUCAGAAAAUACUUUGAACAGACAUUUAAGUGGUCCCUAAGAGCUAGGGGCAGGAGAACUGGAAUGGUUUUGUCCCUCCAAAUCCCGCAGAAACAAUCACCCGCAGGUGACGCACCGUCUUCGGUCUCCGCCACUAGGGGGCGUUCCAAGACAGCUGGAAGGAACAGUCUAUGCCACGCCCCUACUCCCAGGCUCAGUGUCGUCCCCAGCCCAGAGGGACCUCCUGGGGUGGAGGGGAGCGGGUGCCUUCAGACCUCUACUGCCAGGUAGGCCCUACUGCCCUUGUGCCCCAGGCCACCUCUUCCAUCCCACCUUCCCAUUCAAUAAACAGCUGGGGUGGAUCCUGACUGCUUUUUUCCCUGGACCACUGGGGCAUGGCGAGGGAGGAAGGAGGCUGCCCUGUGUGCUGGGUCCUUAAUUCCAUUAUUUCUCAUUUGCUCCUUGGGAGAAAGGAGAUUAUUACCUUCAUUUUACAGAUGAGGUAACUAAUGGUGAGAGAAGUAAGGCAACUUGCCUAGGCUUCUGGAGGGUGAAUUUAAAUGCCUGCUGGGAAGGAAGUUGCUCAACCAUUUUGACAACCUGCUGCCGCAGCCCUGACGGAGAGGAAAGGCAAGGACAGCUUAUUUUAGGGAGGGAGAUGGAGCCAAAAGUGGAAUAUUGACCAGUGAUAAGAACAGCUAACCCCUACUGGCACUUACUGGGGCCCAGGCUCUGUUCUGUGUUUUACAGACCCAAUGCGCUGUCCACACCUCAGAGAAUGGGAGCUCCGGCCUCCUUGUUGCUCCCGGCAAAAGCUUGAAGUCAUUUUUGACUCCUGUCUUUCCUCACAGCCUCAAUCCAAUCAAUCAGCAAGUCCUGUCAACUCAACCUUGGAAAUACAUCCUGUACCCAAACAUUUGUCACCAAACUCACAGCCACCUCUCCUCUGGAUUAUUGCAUCAGCUUUUUCCUGGUCUCCUUGCUUCCCACUUCUCCAUCCCCCAAGUCUAAUCUUUACAGAUCAGCCAGAUAAAUCCUGUUAUGUAAGUUAGGUCGUAUCCUCCUUUGCUCCGUACCAGCUCAAGGUCCCCACCUCACGCAGAGUAAAAGCCAAAAUCUUCCAGGCUUCUA